AUGCAGCGCGCUGCUGCAGUGGUGGCGGCCCGCGAGGGAGAAGAAGCCGAGGGGGAGGAAAGGGAGGAAGGAGGCGAGUGUAGGAGGGAGCAGAGGUGUGCUAGCAGACACGGCUGGUGGCACUGCCUCUCGGUGCAAAAAGCACCCAUGCAUGUUGCUGCUGGUGGUGGUGCUGCUGCUGCUUCUGCUGUUGCUGGUGGUGGUGGUGGUGGUGGUGCUGCUGCUGCUGCUUCUGCUGUUGCUGGUGGCGGUGGUGCUGCUGCUGCUGCUGCUGCUUCUGCUGUUGCUGGUGGCGGUGGUGCUGCUGCUGCUGCUGCUUCUGCUGUUGCUGGUGGCGGUGGUGCUGCUGCUGCUGCUGCUUCUGCUGUUGCUGGUGGUGGUGGUGGUGCUGCUGCUGCUGCUUCUGCUGUUGCUGGUGGCGGUGGUGCUGCUGCUGCUGCUGCUUCUGCUGUUGCUGGUGGCGGUGGUGCUGCUGCUGCUGCUGCUGCUUCUGCUGUUGCUGGUGGCGGUGGUGCUGCUGCUGCUACUGCUUCUGCUGUUGCUGGUGGCGGUGGUGGUGCUGCUGCUGCCGCUGGUGCAUCAUCUGACGGCCUAGCCUCAUCUGAAGAGCAACAACGGCAUGUGACAAGGAGGCCACGGAAAGACACACGGAGAUUCUUGGGGGCGGGGGCGGGGGCGGGGAAGAAGGCAGUGAGGGCGUGGUGGGGGAGCAGCAGGAAGAGCAGCGACGCCAGUGACGCCAUGGCUGCUGAUACCCUCGCAUGGCAGCAUGUACACUCGCACCUGCUGGGGUGA